CGCUUUCGUUCGCGAUCUCAGUUCCGUACGCGCGACGAGUCGCAGCCGAGCCGCCCUCGGAGCCCCUCGUCUCAUCCGCCUGUCACGGUCGGUCACCGGAGACGACGCGAGCCGGUGACAAUGGCGAGCCGUCUAUGAGUCGGGGUCGGGUGGUGGUACCGCGCGAUGAAGGCCCGACCAUUCCGCCGAUGAUCCAUUCGCGAACACGGCGACGGGGAAAACGCCCUCUGCCUUCGCCGCGCGUUCCCUGCCUGACCUGACCUUUCGCUGAAGAUAGAGAGAGAGAGAGAGAGGGUGAGGGAGGGUGAAAGAGAACGAGAGAACGAGAGAGAGAGAGAGAGAGAGAGAGAGAAGUCGAGCGAGGGGACUCGUGCUCGUGCGAACGCAGGACGUAGCACGCAGAACAACAUAGUGCCUAUUGUGCGAGACCGCCCGUCAACUCGGUAUACCUUCGCGGAGAGCGCCGUCGCCAUCGUCGCAGCAGUUCGGCGACAUGGAGAGUGCGGAGAAUCGGAGCAGUGCCGUCGAGAUGUCGCGGAAGACCUCCGAGACAUGAAGAGAGCGCGACCGAGGAUCCCAUGGGUUUCUUUAAGUCGGGGCCGGCGGUAGCAGAGCCGUGAUCAAAAUGAACUUGAUAAACAUGGACGCGGAGAACCGCGUGGUUCUGAACGUGGGCGGAAUCCGGCACGAGACGUACAAGGCGACCCUGAAGAAGAUCCCGGCGACGAGGCUCUCGAGACUGACCGAGGCCCUCGCGAACUAUGACCCGAUCCUCAAUGAGUACUUCUUCGACAGACACCCGGGUGUCUUCGCCCAGGUACUCAACUACUAUCGCACCGGGAAGCUGCACUACCCCACGGAUGUAUGCGGCCCGCUUUUCGAGGAAGAGCUCGAUUUCUGGGGGCUCGACUCGAAUCAGGUCGAGCCUUGCUGUUGGAUGACCUACACACAGCAUCGGGAUACGCAGGAAACGCUGACGGUCCUCGACAGGUUGGACCUCGAUACCGAGAGGCCCACCGAGGAGGAACUGGCCAGGAAAUUCGGUUUCGAGGAGGCGUACUACGAGGGAAAUCUCACGUGGUGGCAGAAGCUCAAGCCUCAGAUGUGGUCACUUUUCGAUGAACCCUAUUCCUCCGUCGCAGCUAAGAUAAUUAGUAUAAUCUCCGUUUUCUUCAUCUGCGUUUCGAUCCUUUCGUUUUGCUUAAAAACCCAUCCGGACAUGCGAGUGCCGAUAAUCGUGAAUCGUUCGGUAAAGAUCGACAACGUGACGUCCUGGGUGGUGGACAAGAGUCGCACCAAUGCCCACGACGUCUUCUUUUACAUCGAAUGCAUCUGUAACGCCUGGUUCACCCUUGAGUUCUUGACGCGUAUCACCGCGAGCCCGAACCGCUGCGACUUCAUCAAGAGCUCGGUGAACCUGAUCGACAUGGUCGCGACCCUGAGUUUCUACGUCGACCUGGCGCUGCAACGGUUCGCGGCCCACCUGGAGAACGCCGAUAUCCUCGAGUUCUUGAGCAUCAUACGGAUCAUGAGGCUGUUCAAGCUCACCCGCCACUCUUCGGGCCUGAAAAUUCUGAUACAGACCUUUCGCGCCUCGGCGAAGGAGCUUACGUUGCUGGUGUUCUUCCUCGUCCUCGGCAUUGUUAUCUUCGCCAGCCUCGUGUACUACGCGGAGCGCACUCAGUCCAAUCCGAAGAACGACUUCAAGAGCAUACCCCUUGGCCUGUGGUGGGCCCUGGUGACGAUGACGACCGUCGGUUACGGGGACAUGGUGCCGAAAACGUACAUCGGGAUGUUCGUCGGCGCACUCUGCGCAUUGGCCGGUGUCCUCACAAUCGCCCUGCCGGUGCCCGUGAUCGUUAGCAACUUUGCGAUGUAUUACAGUCACACGCAGGCGCGAGCCAAGCUACCGAAGAAGAGACGCCGUGUAUUACCGGUCGAACAGCCACGUGUGAGGGCACCCGGCGCGCCGCCCGGCGUGGCCGGCGGGCCUGGGACCGUUGGGCCCCCAGGAUGCGGCCAGCAAAUGUCGCACUUGCAGUCCAGCGGGGGCACGGUCACCACUGGGCCCCACGGCCUCGGCAUGGGCCAAACGCCCGGCGUCGGAUGCACUGGCGGCGGCCAAGGACCGCAGAACCGGAGAAUGAACGCCAUUAAGACGAAUCAUCCGAAGGAUCCAUUCGCCACGAAAACAGUGGGUUGCAGAGGAAGACCGGAGGAAUUGUAACCUACGAACCAACGGGACCAAGAGAGCCGGAGGUUUGGAUUAACCAUUUGCGGUCGUAGCGUGCUCAGAAGUGGGUAUCCCUCACAACUGGUCGGAAUUAUUUUGGAGCGAACGACGCGCGGCGUGUACACACCUAUAAUCAAAGAUUGUCCUGUAAAAUCCCGUGAAUUCCAUUAGGCAUGCUUUGGCAAGGGGAAAAAAGGCAAAUGUAUAAAAUACCUCGCUGCAUCGAAGCAUCACGGCUUCCGUUGCCCAUUUUCCAACGGCUAGGCAAAAAUAAACACUGCCGGCGAAGCGUGGCGGCUGAGACCCGACGUACAACCGUAACCGGUAAAAAAUUCUUGCGGCGGCUGUCACCAGAUACACGACCGCAAAGGGUAUAUCUAUUAUUUAUCUGGAAUGUAGAAUUAAUAGAAACGGAAGAGAGAAAACCUUCGAAGCUCGGGUGCGCCCCAAGAGAAGGAAUCUGGCCUAUCCGGGGACACCGCGCUCGGCGGUUGUACCCUUCGUUUCGAUCUUAAUUCUACAUACCGAAUAUUACACAUGUACCGUCGGGACGAAGAUGGGAUGAUUUUGCGAGAGAAUCUCUCGGCGGUUAUACCACGAGCCAUCUAUUGAAUUAAAUAAGCAAAUUAUGUAGAAAGUCAAGGAGAACUCGUGUAGCAAGUAGAGAACUUUCCUCCUUCCUUCGCUUCAUAAUUUGUAUUUUUUAAUAUUCAUAAAAGGAAUAAUACAUUUCAUUGAUAGUAAAUAAAUGAAUCGAUGUAUUGACAAUGUAUAUCGUUCAUAAUCGAAGAAUUUUCUCGAUUUGGAAUUCUAUACAGAUUGUUUUUCCCUUCGCGCUUAAUAUAGGGAGCGUCACAAUUUAUAAUUUUCGCUAGAGAUUUUGUAUUUUUCUAAUUUAUCAUUCUCUUUUCUCUUUUCUCGGAAAUAUUUACUACCGAAAAAAAUGACCACGCGCAAUCUUUUUUUUUCUGUGUGUUUCUUAGCUAAACAAUAAUCGCGCAAAGUAUAAUUUCGACGAACUAAGUAAUACUUAUAUACGGGUGCCGUAUUAAGCAAAUUUUGAUAUAGAGGCGCGCAGAAAUGUCUUCAAUAUUUAUUCCCAACUGCUUUUUCUUUUUCCUUCUUCUAAUUUUGCCUUUUUCCUAAUUUCGUCUCGUUCCGAGUAUAGCGAUUAAUACGCAAAUGUAAAACGAAAAUAUCCCACAAGAGUGCAGCCGAAUGUCUUAUACCGUCCACCAGACCACCGUGUUUGUGACUCACGUAAACAUCGCAUCACCCAUUGCUUCUAAAUUUAAGAUAGUUGGUGAUCUAAGGUACAUUGUGGCAAAGGAUAUGCUGCGCACAGUAGAAACGGGGACGUAAACUUUAUUACCUUUGAAGCUAUAUACGUUUCCAUUGUCGGUAUCAUCACCCGGUCUAUACACAUUACCUCGAUUAAAAAGAAAAAUAUCGAUUACUCUCAUCGUGGAAGAGCCUCGUCCUAUCUUCCAGCGAUCGUCUAUAUAUCGCGCGCGCGCGCGCGCGCGUCUACAUUAUUUCUAUCGUUAGUGCCAUUCUCGUGGAAACUCGUGUAAACGGUAAAUCGAAUAAGCGACAGUGGAAAUUGCAUCCCUGCAUUGCGGCUCGUUUUAUAUAGCAAGAGAGAUACCGAAUAAAUGCACCGUAUCUUCUUUUGGUACAUACACCCCUGGUAGAUCUUCACCAACCCCAUGAACGUACACGCGACUGUUGGUUGUUGGUUCACUGCACGUUUAGCGUCUGAUGUGUUUUGCCCACACCCCAACCCCACGAUCCGCGUACUCACCGCAUAUUUAGCGGCCGCGGGUCGCCCUGGUUUCCCGAUCGCUGUCGAUUAAUUUUUGACACAUUGUACACUUUAUAUCAGACAAAAUUCAGAGUUACGCGGCCACGCAGCGCGGUGCCAGCACGUAAUGCGGCGCUAAAUGAGUGGUGAAAAUGUGGACACGAUGGACACGUCGUUAUUGACAUUCGCGAAUCGGACGGCCACUUUUCGUGGUAAAUGCGGUGAGAAUGCGGAUCUAUAUCACUUUUGCGCACCGUGAAUAUCGCCGGGACCAAUCCAUGAGCUCCUACCCCCCUUAGUAUUCGAGAUAUCGUUUAUAAUAUCAGUGGAAAGGAACAAGCUCCCUGUUCUUGUCCCUUGCGACUGGAGCUGUGUCGCAGCUCCUCUGAUAGCAGUGGAGCAAAAGCAUCUCUCUCUCUCUCUCUCUCUCUCUCUCUUUGCGCGUUAUACGUAUACAUAUAUCUGUUGUGCCUGGGAACAGGGGGGGGGGGUACAGGGGAGGCAGUACAGGAAAGGACAACAAAAGCAUAUCAUAUUAGGCACAUGUGCGAUCAAGUGUACGGAUCUCGCGAGCAGUCGACGGACGCUCUCUAUUAUAGACAAUCGUCACUUCUUCGACGAAAUUAAUCGUAGUUACGCGUUUUCGUCUUCUUUUUUUCCUCCUCUUUCCUCGGGUGACUCAAUUUGGGACAGCCGUUCUCUUUUGGACCAAAAUUACGAUCGAUUUGAUUACAUUUUACAAAUUUAACGACCAUCUGGAUACGCGUGUUUUUCAUUUCACUUGAUUCCUGGGGCACAUCUUGACACGAUAUAAAAAUCAUCAUCAAUACCAGCAUAUUGAGACUGCGAAAGAAUAUUCUAGGGAACUUUAGAUUAACGUCAUUUUCCGUGCAUUGCAAAUUUGAUUGAACCGCAAGCAUUUUGGUUUACUCCAAUUAUAUUUGAUAAUACAAUAAUAACAUAAUUAUCUCUCCGCGUAGAAUAAUAUAAAUGGUAUUAUUGACGUAUGUUACAAUUCUAAUAUUUUAUUACGCACAAUCAUAACGUUGCUUCUAUAUAUUAAAAUAUGUACGUAUACAUUUACCUUUUUAAUUAAUUUUUUACAGCGCUAUGUCAUCAAACGCAUUCAAUUAUUUGAUCGUGCUUAUAAAUUAUAGUCGUUUCCCAUUUUGAUGGCUCAAAUAUUUUGAUGCUUUUUCUUGUCAUCGUUUGUGGUUUUACAAAUGUUGUUUUUUAAUAUUCAUCUGCUUAAAAUACAAAUGAUGACAUUAGUUGAUAAGGCCAUUUUUCUUAAUUCAAAAAUGCACGCGCAAAUUUCUUUGCGUGUUAUUUUACAAUAAAUAAAUUACUGCCCUAUAUACAUAUAUAUAUAUAUAUAUAUAUUUCCAUAUAAUUUUUAAGUUUCUUAAGCUAACCAGAAAAAGACGAUUGAUGUAUCGUUGAAGAAGAGCAAAUUAAUUAGAUGACGAUUAUGAAAUAAAUGUCCCGUCGCGCAAAAUGACGCAAUUGCAUUUGCAGAGAGACUUAAAUAUACAGAGUAUAUUAUUACCAAAUAUAUACGUAUAUAUAUAUUUAGACGGAUGAUAAAAUUAUUCAUAUUAUUAAAAGUGAAUAUUGCUGAUGGAUACGGAAAUUGAAUGAAUAAUAAAUCCAGCAUGCAAAUUAGGCUAAUGUGAAAAGUUGGCAGCAAAUUAACAUUUAAAUGGUUCUGCGGAGAUCAAGUUGAUACAGACAUUUAAUUAAACUAUGAGAACUCUUAAACCCUUUUUAGAUCUCCACGCAAAUAGGAAAUUUGUUUUCUUUGCACAGACAUGACUGGUUGAAUAAUAAUAUUUAGAAAACGUUACGUGAAAUUUUAUAACUUUCUCAGUAUUUUAAUUCUAAACAUGUCAGUUCAGAACAAUUACGACGUAUCUCUGCACAUGCAUUUUUAAAAAUUGUAAAAAGCUAUGACUUUAAAUUUAACGAAAUAAAAUUUCAUGUUUUUCUAAAUUACUUUAUGUACAUAUUUUUAAUAUUUUAUAAUUUUAUAUUUUUUGUAAAUAAUCGAUAUUACAAAAGUAAAUAAAUAAUAAUUUCUUCUCCUUCUUCUUUUUCUUCUUAGCAGCUCCAUUAUGUCUGAUAGUUAAUAUUUAAAAACCUCUUGGCCAAUUUAUCUAUUUGAUCGCUAUGAAAAAAACGCACACAAAUACAUCACGAAUAAACACCUUCAUUUUUUGCAUAAAACAUAAAAAUCCAAACGAAGUUUCCGACAUCCCAAACCGUUUCGGAGAUAUUCGCGCGUUACACUUUUCGCGAAAUCGAACGUAUGUACGUCAUCCUUGUUGGUCAUGCCUAAUAAGGUAUAUGAAUAAUUUGUUAGUAGAAGACCGUUUUCUAUAUUUGCCCUCAUUUAUGUACGGUGCUAUUGGCUUGAGUUUGCUCGCUGCUCACAAUUGCCCCGAUUCUUUGUGCCUUAAAGACUGGAUUUCAUACCCAGGGUUGCAACGACUGUGCAUCGACUGUGUAAUGUCUUUACCAUUUUGUCAUUAGCGACUGUACACGGUCUAUGCUGUGGUCUAUGCUGUCCACGCAGUUACUAUGUUGAACAACUCUGAGAAAGAGAUGUACGGGAUUAAAAUUAAUAUCCGCGCAAUCCUCGACACAGUUUGCCAGUGAACUAUAAGUCGAAGUAUCAUCGGAUCACUGCAUUAUAAUAGCGGCAAGUUUUUGUGAUGUUGAUGCUGCAGAUUUUUUAACGCGUGUUUUCUAGUUCCUCUUUCUAAUUUAAAAUGUCAGAAAAAAAUAUAUUAAACAAAUGUACUUGUAUUUAUAACGAAGGAAAUUAGAUAGAUCUUAGUAUCAAAAUUUAGAAGUGAUAAUUUCGAAAAUAAUUCAAUUUUAGUACACAUAGAGAAUGGCAUUUUGUUGCAUAUUUUAUUUGGGCACUUUGCUUUCACCUAUCUUGUUAUGGGCGUACGUAAAAGUGCUAGUAUAGAAAAUACAUUUGAGACGCGUGUCGCAAAAUUCAUCUUUGGUGCGGAAAGCAAUAGAACGAUCCGUGUGUAAAUUGAGACAGGUGCAAAUGGAUGUUUGCAUAUUAUUUAAAUGGAAAUAACAUGUCUGCGACACACACACACACACACACACACACACACACACACACACACACACUCACAGCACCGCGAGUGCUGAGCUCCUUUAUGCAGCCCUGUAAAUGGAAGCCAGCCACCAUAAUUUGACCCUGACUGUAGACUACACCCCACAUUGGCGAUACGUCCACGCACACAUACGUUACACAUCUCACGGAAUGCUCGCAUGCAUGUUGCAAUAUUCAACGCUGUUGACUCGAAAUAAAAGAAUAGAAAAACGACGCGCGGAGCUUUUGCGUUAGAUCGAUGCCAGGCACUUCAAAUGUCCUUUCUUUCUUCCGCGGUGCAACCUGGAGAAACGGAAACCUCUUGAAUUUAACGCGCGAGUACAGCGUACAUGCACGCACGCGCGCGUACGCGCGCGCACACACACACACACACACACACACACACACACACGCACGUAUGCAUGAACGCUAUUCCGAGCCGUAUCGCAACGUUCGGCUGAUACUUUCCGCUCUCCUCGUGGUUAAACAUCUCGUACCAAUAAAUUCCGACGUGAAAUUUUGUAGAUUGUCCGAUGCAGCAAUUUGCGGCGAAUUUUGUGGGAACAUAUUCAAGGGAAAAAAAAGCAUUGCCGUCGUUUUACCGAACGAACAAUAUAGGGCUGAAAGUUAAGGUGAAGUCGAGUGAAGCAGAAUGUAGAGUAAUACGAACGACGUCUCUUCUUCGAUAAACGAUAAUCGCGCGUUUAGAGUCAUCGAUCAAUUUACGAGUUUACAGUCGUUUCCCCAGUCUUAAACGACUCAGUAAACGUUAAAACGACCAGAAAUGGAGAGGGGAAGGGGGAAGGAGAAAUAAAAAAAAAUAACAAAAAAAAAAGAAAAUGCAUAUCGGCGGCGGGUACAAUGAGCACGCACGCACAACAGUUUUUAAAGGAAGAAAGCGAGUGUGUACAGACCCCGUGUGUAUGUGCGAUCCGCACACAUUGUUGCUCUAGCGCUGCACCACCAUUGGUAGCGACGUCUUAUGGUACCUACUCUUUUCGCGACGGCCAGUAACGCUAGCAUAAUUUACAGUAACGUACGUUUCGCCACUCGCGGCUUUACCAUCAGCGUUCGCUCCUUGCUUUACAACUUUACACCAUGGGAUCGCCGGAUAGCCAGACGUUUCCUUCUUUUCUCUCCCCCUCGCAGCGCGGAAUCGCGUCCCGCGUUCAUCCUCCCGACGCACGCACGCACGCAUGCACCCACGAAUUUUACAUCGAGUGUCCCACUUUAAGGCCUGGCGCAAGCGGGUCUGCGAUAACGCGACGCUGCUAACGCCACGACUAAUCGAAAUUGAUUAAUGGUUAUCGAUUAUCCAUUUGCCGACUCGUUACAAACGCGUUAACUUUACUUCUCGCCACGUGUUUACUUACGUGUCGUCACUUUCCGUUUAACGUUACGUGCCGUUCUGUGCCAAUUUGACUUGGGACAAAUGUCCCGAUUUGCUUCGCGUUACGUAAUAAUUUGCGUCCAGAGAUCGAUCGCGGUCCGAAAAGAAAAAUCUGGCAAUCCUGAGCGACUCUCUCCGGGGCUCUCGUUGCCUUUUCCGUAAGCAUUUUCCGUUGGUUCCGCCGCUGUCCACCUUUCAGGAUCAAGGCUGGAAGUCCAGGUUUUCUAAUACCAAGUUUUCUAAUACGUAGAAUUUGGUUAAUUGAUCGCGGAAUGUGCAGGUUGCGCGUCGAGUGCAAAUUGAAUCGCGUCCGGAUCUUCUCGGCAUGCGAUUCGGACGUCAGUCGGGUAAUUAAUAAAAUAGUAAUUAAUAAAUUCGGACGAUCGUAUAGAAGUUUCGGAUAGCCGAAACGGGCACUCCGGAUAUACGAAAACCUCUUGGAGCGUUCGAUACAAGUGGCUCUCGCUACAAGUAUAUUAGGAUUAAAAAAAAAUAAGAGAUCUUUUAUCGAGAGAGAGACUUUCGCGUUGCACCGAAUAAGUUUUUCAAAACGCUCGGAGAAACUUACCGGAGAUUACCGAGCGUCCGAAAUUGCAUUUGCCUCACAGCUCGAGCGGAUCUCGAAUCUUUCACCGGAUAUGCGAAAAAAUAUCUCUGGAUUCGAUAUCGUCCCUCGUGGCACCGUCAACCCUGUCGUCAUUCGCUCGAAUCUCGCGUUACCUGCGCACACCGCGUUAAAGACGGGAGCACGGACUCUCUUGCGUAACGCGUAAGAGGAUCAAUCGGAAUCCUCUGUUUCCCUUCCCGAGAUAGAAAUGAAGAACUCUGAUCAAUUAAUUCUCUUAUGCGUCACGCUCCCGGUUUGUGCUGCCGGCUUAUAAGCAUCACGAAUUGUACAGUGCUCCGUUGUAUCAGUGCUCGACGAUGUAAAUACAACGACGAACGUCCGAACAGUUCUUCGGGAACACGUAGCUCAAUCGGAUGCGGUGGGGCGCUUAAUCGGUCCGAAGACAGAUCCAUCGGACGUUUGAUUUCUCGUUACGAAAUUAUCGUGUUGGACGUUUUCAGCCGACGACGCAUCGUUCACUCGUGACGCGUUUGAACGCGUGACACGGCCGUAAAAUGGGAAGAACAUUCGGUACAUAGUUUCGAUGAAAAGAGAAGGAAUAAAGUCCCUUUUUCUUCGCGUCGUGCGUUAUUUAUUUAAACUUAACUUCUGGAUGGAUUCACUCGAAAAAUAUAUAUAUAAAUAUAUAUGGCCUCAUCGCUUCGCUGGUUAAAUGCCCCACGGACAUCCGCAAUUGUAUCGGUAGAGUAUUUUAGGACAGAAGCGUGUGCCCCCGCACCAAGUGACCGUACACAGAGACACGCGUAAUCACGUACAUAUUUGCAUUACACACGUUCGUCGCGACCACCGCCCUCCUCUCUUACGCUUCUUUAACAGCCCUUUUGACUUCGUAGGUAAAUACGUAUGAUUUCGAAUUGUACGACAGCGACGUCGCCGACGACGACGACAUCGAAGUAACCUUGCUGCAGUUCAUCACUAUCGUCGAAUUGUCUCCAUUGUAUUCUCGCUAAUUUUCUUAUCGUUAUCAUUAUGAAUUACGAAUUAUAAUUAUUAUUACACGACGUAUAGAUUUGUGCGAAUUAGCAGUUGUAUAAAGAGGAAGGCUUAAUGCGAUCUUGAUCUCUUCGGAGGCAAGAUGACGAUGAGCGCACGUUUUUUUCUAGGAGAGCAAUUCGAGGUGAUGUUGUCAUCGUCGACAUUACUGUAUUAACGACAUUAUAAUUUAUUCUUGUAACGUCAUUAUCGUUAUCGCUAACGAUUGCCGUGAUUGUCGUCGGCGCCUUCCGCAGCGGAAGCUACCAUCGUACAUUAUAUAUAGUUAAGCGUUCUGCCGCUGAUCUCGCGUUCGAGGAAAUCUCGUCGCGAGAGAGACCGGCGCCCCGUGAUUAACACACACUGCGUAUCGUAGCCGAUGAUCGUGACGGGUAAUCGAAUAAGAGUAAAAAAAAAAAAGAAAGCGGGACACAAAGGCGAAUUAUAUAUAUAUAAAUAUAUAUAUAAUAUCUAUCACUAUAUCGAGAGUUGUGCGCUGCGUUUACAAUUUAAGCUAGUUCAUUUGUAAAUAAAGACUAUUUGACUCUUUGA